AUGUUGGCAGAGGAAGAUGUCCAUUCUUUCACGCACGAAGACAGACCCACUAUCGGAGGCAUCCGCCUCGGUGCCGCGGGACUGGUCGCUCUCGCUAACCGCAAGACGAUCGCACGACGGACGGCCCUCAUCGGCAGCGCCUCCUUCCUCGAUGUCCUUCUCCUCUCGCCUGGCAUACAUUGCCAGCAAGAAGCCGCCGAGAUCAAUGGCGGAGAGUAUCCUCUCACAGGCGCUAUGCACAGCGCCGCCGGUUGGAUCUUUCGCAUCGAGAUCCCGGCUACCUUCAGAGUGGAGGGGUCUUUCGGCCUCUUCGGAGAGCUACUUCGCAUCGAGUUCUGGGCCUCUAUCCUCUUUCUUAUCGGCAUCACCGCGAGCAUAGUCGCCAUCGUCCUCCUCGUGGCUGUUUUCCGCGAUUGGUGGGCGCUAGGCGUGCUGGGUAUGCUCAUGCUCGCACGCGUGCUGAACGCGUGUGUCAUCAAGCUGCGGCACGACAAGUACGGGUUCAAGGGCAAGAAGGAGGGUAAUAGUCCAUGCGAUUUUCUGAUCAUUCUUAGCCAGGAUCGCUGGGUGCGCAUGCGAGGAGGAGUGGACGAUAUCAAGGAGGUGGCAGCCGGGCUGCGAGAGCCUGGGACACUGGAAAGCUUUGCCGUGACUUUCGCGAAGAUGCCCGUAUACUGCUCUGCGGCACUGGCAGGGAACACCACCACCGCCGGCAGCCUCCUCUUGGCCUGCCUUCUCCUGUUCUCUGCCGGUAUCCUUGGGUUGUCGAACGCCGCGAUGCAUUCACUUCACAUGCUCGGCCGUAUAGUCAGCGUCGAAGGCAAACCUGUACGGUACGAACAUAGACUCAGCAUGGUCAGGGAUAUGAUCCAAGAGACCAAACACACGGAAUGGACUUUGCGUAUGUCCAUGAUCACCGAGUCGGAAGUUGUUGAACUAAAGAGGGCAAUUGAACGUGGUAGGUGCAACGAUGACACGCGGGUACACGUCACUUACUGCAGCUUUUAG